CUGCUGUGUUCACCCUGUAGAGGAGCAUGAGAACUCGGCCAGGGUCAUUUCUCGCAUAUCGGAGGGAGUUUUUCGUUGUGCCUCUGGCGGCGUUGGCACUAUUGGGUUCUACCUCGCCUACCAUGACGGUAACCGCAUUUCUACCGACGAGCCUUAUGGGGAGUUCAACAAGGUCCAUGAUUUUGCCGAGAUGGCACAACGGGGCGGCGUCGGUAUCUGCUACUGCUCGAUUCGCUUCCAGACGAGCUGCACAUAGCACGCUGGCGCUUAAGGGUGUCGAGGGGGGGCCGGCGGCUGGGGGAAGGAGGGGGGGGUGGGGGCCCGCGAUGAUGUCCGCGACGGCGAGCGCGGCCGCGACGGCUGACGCUGCGGUAUUCGAUACCACCGCGGCGGGUGUGGCGAGUCCUCGCGACACGAUCGUCGAUGCCGUGCGCGAGGCGCUAGCCGACGCCUUUGGGGAGGAGUUUCGAGACUCCAAGCCCCUGGUCACGUCCGCGACGAAGCCGGAGUUCGGCGACUACCAGUGCAACGCGGCAAUGGCGCUCGCGAAGCCCCUCAAGUGCAAGCCCCGCGACGUGGCCUCAAGCCUCGCCGAGAAGCUGGGGCCCCGCUUGGCGGCCAUUUGCGAGGCCCCCGAGAUCGCCGGGCCCGGGUUUAUCAACCUCAGGCUCAGGGACGGUUUCGUCGCGGCCAAGGUUAAGAGCAUGGUGGGAGACGGCGAGCGGCUGGGUGUCCCGAGGGUAACUAACCCCCAGCGGGUGGUGGUGGACUUCUCGAGCCCCAACAUCGCGAAGGAGAUGCACGUGGGACACCUCCGCAGCACUAUCAUAGGGGACACGAUCUGCCGGGUGCUCGAGUUCAGAGGGCACGAUAUCGUGCGGCUGAACCAUGUCGGAGACUGGGGGACACAGUUCGGGAUGCUCAUCUCCCACCUCAAAGAAGUCGCACCAGAGGCUAUCGAGGAUGGGGCGGAGGACAAGGCAAGCUUCAACGUGGGAGACUUGGUGACGUUCUACAAGGAAGCCAAGGCGCGCUUCGACGAAGAUGACGGGUUUAAGGAGACCGCCCGCGCCGAGGUGGUCAAGCUCCAGGCGGGGGACGCAGAGAGCAAGCGCGCGUGGGGGGUCCUUUGCGAGGCGUCCCGCAGAGGCUUUCAGGACAUAUACUCUCUGCUUGGGGUGGAGCUGGAGGAGCGGGGGGAGUCGUUCUACAACGCGAUGUUGCCGGACGUGGUUAGCGACUUGGAGAGCGAGGGCCUUCUGGAGGAGAGCGAUGGAGCCAAGGUAGUUUACCUGGAAGGCUUCGAGUCCCGGGAUGGUACCUCGCAGCCCCUUCUCGUCAAGAAGAGCGACGGAGGCUUCAUGUACUCUACAACAGACUUGGCGGCUAUCCGACAUCGCGUCACGACCGAGCGGGCUGACCGAGUACUCUACGUGGUGGAUGUGGGCCAGGGAAGCCACUUCGCUCAGGUUUUCCAGGUAGCGAGGCGUGCGGGAUUCGCGCCGGAGGGGGUGCAGCUGCAGCACGUUCCGUUUGGGCUCGUGCAAGGCGAGGACGGCAAGAAGUUCAAGACGAGGGCGGGCGAAACCGUCAAGCUUAGCGACCUUUUGAUGGAGGCCGUCCGGAUCGCGGGAGAAAGCAUCCGGAAGAGGCGGGAGGAGGAGGGGGGGGAGGGUUACCAGGCGACCGGAUGAGGCGGAGCUGGAGCGCGUUUC